AAGCUUCGUGAGCUUAAAACCCUUUGAAUUAGGUCUCUUUUUUCGUUCGUACUCACCCAUAUCUCUCUCUCCCUUUCUGUGUUAUCUCUAUCCUCUCUCUUAUCAUUCUUCCACAAACAAACCAACCUGCACUUACGAUUUUAUUGGAGAAUCCGCCAUAAAUAUAACCCCCUUUGGAGGUUGGUUCGUUUAAUCGACGUCAACAAAAGAUGGCAUCGUCUUCACCUAAUGUUUGGGUUUUGCUGGGUUUGAGUUUGGCCGGAAUACUGUUAAUGGCGAAGAAGCUUAAGAAAGUCGUCAAAGUUGACUUCGGUGCAUUCGUGGAGAGGUUUCAGAUACUACCUCCACCGCAGCCGGCUCCUCCGAAAGCGCCUCACCCGCUCACUGGCCUCUCCUUUGCCGUCUCCGACCUAUUCGAUAUCAAUGGGUUUGUAACCGGAUUUGGCAGUCCAGAUUGGGAAAGCACACAUGAAGCUGCUUCACAGACAUCUCCUGUGGUUUCAGCUCUUGUAGAUGGAGGAGCCACAUGCGUUGGAAAAACUGUGGUGGAUGAACUAUCAUUUGGUAUCAGUGGAGAAAAUAGACAUUGUGGUACACCCACCAAUCCUGUUGCUCCUUCAAGGAUACCAGGAGGAUCAUGUAGUGGUGCUGCUGUAGCUGUUGCUGCAAAGCUUGUUGAUUUCUCUUUGGGUGUUGAUACUGUUGGUGGGGUGAGGCAACCUGCUGGACAUUGUGGCAUCCUUGGAUUUCGGCCAUCAUAUGGUUCUGUUCUUCAUUCAGGGAUUGUUCCUGUUUCCACAAGCUUUGACACUGUUGGAUGGUUUGCCAUGGAUCCCAGUAUAUUACGCCGUGUAGGACAAGUCCUGCUACAAGUGCCAUUAACAGUUCAACGUAACCCCAGGAAUGUUAUCAUUGCUGAUGACUGUUUCAGAUUAUCAAAAAUUCCCUUUGACCGGUUGACUCAGGUGGUAAUUAAAUCAACAGAGACUCUAUUUGGAAAACAAGUUUUGAAGCAUGAGAUUCUUGAUGAUUACAUUGCUUCCAAAGUUCCAAGCUUGAAAGCACUUGAUUCCAAGAAGUCAAAUGGUGAUGUUAAGCUCUCUUCUCUAAGGUCGCUUGCCAACAUUAUGCAGUUACUAAGAAGGCAUGAAUUCAGCCAUACUCACUCUGAAUGGAUUAGCUCGGUGAAACCAGCUUUAGAUCCUCUUAUCUCAGCUCAGAUACAGGGGAAGCUUGAGUUAACAGAGAAAGAUAUUGAAAAUUUCCGCACUGUUAGAAGUGAGCUCAGAUCCGCCUUAAAUGCCCUUUUGAAGGACGAUGGAGUUCUUGUGAUCCCUACAGUUUGUAGCCCUCCUCCUAAACUCGGUGCCAAGGAGCUUUCAUCUGAAGAAUAUCUCAUGAAUGAGUUUUCACUCACCGGUUUAGCAAGCAUGUCAGGCUGCUGCCAGGCCAGUGUACCUUUGGGAAUGUAUGAAAACUGUCCUGUUUCGGUGUCUUUGAUAGCAAGAUAUGGGGGGGAUCGUUUUCUGCUGGAUACCAUUCAGACGAUGCAUGCAUCUUUAAAGCAGAAGGCUGAUGAAGCUGGAAACUCAAAAUCAUCUGCUGAUGUUGUCACCAAGGAAGCCUCUGCUGAAAUUGCUAAAGAAAAGGGCAACGAAGCUUUCAAAGCAAAAAAUUGGCAGAGGGCCAUUGGCUUUUAUACUGAUGCCAUCAAACUCAACAGCAAAAUUGCAACAUAUUUUAGUAACCGAGCUGCAGCACAUUUGGAAUUGGGAAGUUUCAUUCAAGCUGAAGCAGAUUGUACCAAAGCCAUCGAUCUAGAUAAAAAGAAUGUAAAGGCGUAUUUAAGGAGAGGCACAGCAAGGGAGAUGCGUGGAUACUAUAAAGAGGCAAUUGAAGAUUUUAGGUAUGCACUUGUUCUUGAGCCAACCAAUAAAAGAGCAGCGAUGUGUGCUGACAGGUUAAAGAAGUUAUUUCAGUAAGAGAGAGUGGAUGUUGGCGAAAAAAGGUGUUGAAGAUAAAAAAAAAAAAUUAAAUUCAGAAUCUUGAAGGAAAUCCCGAGCUGAGCUGGAUCAGCAACUAUCUUUUGCUGGGAUUUCAUUGAUUUGGGGGUCUGUGACUGUAAUAUAUAUUUUAGGUCAAUUUUGGUCCAGUCUUUAAGAUACAAAUUCAGAGGAAUGAAUGAGAGGUAUAUUAUUAUUAUUA